AUGGCCGCGUCCGCCGUUGCCGUGAGCUCUCUGAGCCUCUCCUGCAGCGCAUCCGUCGGCGUCGCCUCGACGCUCGGAUCGGAGGCGCUCUCGUCGUCAUCGCUGAAACGCCACGUGUCCUCCAAUCCAGCAGUCCGUAGAAGAAACGCGGCUUUCGCGAUUCGUGCAAGUCAGACCGACAGCCAAGACUCGCAAUCUCCAUCGCGAGAGUCCUGGCCAAGACACGCCGCGAAAUCAGGAGCGAAGCUGCUCGCGGCGGCGGCGAUCGCGGGCUCUCUCGCGCUCGGCGCCGUGGGGCUGCCGCCAGACGCGGCGCAGGCGGCACUGAACCGCUUCGAAGCGGAGACGCGCGGAGAGUUCGGCAUCGGCUCCGCCGCGCAAUACGGCUCCGCGGACCUGAGGAAAACGGUGCACCGCAACGAGAACUUCCGCCGCGCCAAUUUCACGUCGGCGGACAUGCGGGAGGCGGACUUCAGCGGGAGCGUGUUCGCGGGGGGGUACCUCGAGAAGGCCGUCGCGUACCGCACCAACUUCGAGGGAGCGGACUUCACAGACGCGCUAAUGGACCGAAUGGUGUUGAACGAGGCGAAUCUGACUGAUGCGGUGCUGCUGCGGGUCGUGCUCACUCGCUCCGACCUGGGAGGGGCCAUUGUGGACGGUGCUGACUUCAGCGAUGCCAUUCUAGACCUGCCGCAGAAACAGGCCCUAUGCAAGUAUGCCAAGGGGGAGAACCCAGUGACAGGCAUGGACACACGGAGGAGCCUUGGAUGCGGUAACCGCAGGGGUAAUGCAUAUGGCUCACCAUCAUCCCCUUUAUUGAGCGAUGCCCCGAAGAAGUUUCUUUCCAAAGAUGGAUUUUGUGACGAAUCUUCGGGACUGUGCAAUGCUUCCAUGUAA